UAUAAACUCCCGAGUGUAAGGCAGAAAUUCUUGUGGUGAAGUAAAGCGCAGACCUCAUCCCAGAAUUAGCUACUACAGGCACCACCAAUUUAUUUUUGAAGACAAGAUCCUGCAGUUAGAAGAACAUGGCAAGUCUGAACUGGCGUUAUCAAGGCAACAAUGGACCUGACCAGUGGCACAAAUUAUACCCUAUUGCCAAUGGAAACUAUCAGUCCCCUAUUGACAUUAAAACCAAGGACAUCAAAAAAGAUCCAGCUCUGGGGCAUCUCCAGAUCUCCUGGAAUUUGAGCACCUGCAAAGAGAUUGUCAACGUUGGACACUCCUUCCAUGUGAACUUUGAGGACAAGGAUAACCGAUCAGUGGUGACCGGUGGACCUCUGACUGGAAACUACAGGCUGCAUCAGUUUCACUUUCACUGGGGCCAGGCUGAUGAUCAUGGCUCUGAACACACUGUGGAUGGAGCAAAAUAUGCCUCAGAGCUUCACCUGGUUCACUGGAAUUCAGACAAAUAUUCAAGUUUUGCUGAGGCUUCAGAUAAGCCUGAUGGUUUGUCAAUCAUUGCUGUUUUUCUGAAGGUUGGUCCCCCUAAUGAACAUGUGCAGGACAUUGUGAAGGCAUUAGGUUCGAUAAAGACUAAGGGUAAAAAAGCUCCAUUUACUAAUUUUGACCCAUCAACUUUACUUCCUGGAUCCUUGGAUUACUGGACCUAUCCUGGUUCUCUGACUCAUCCUCCCCUUUUUGAGAGUGUCACCUGGAUUAUCUAUAAGGAACCAAUUACUAUCAGUUCAGAGCAGCUGGCCCAAUUCCGCAGCCUCAUAUUGACCAAUCAUCGGCUUCCCCAGCCAUUGAAGGGCAGACAAGUGAGAACCUAAUUCCAGGUAAUUAAGAAUUAGUCAGAAGUGAAAUAUUUUCUCAAAACCAAUAUGUUUAAACAAAAGGCCAAUAACAAUUCACAAAAAUUAUUUUUAAAAAGUGAAUCUCUGGUUAAGAUACAAUGCUCAUAUCCUGCCAUAUGCUAUUGCCAUUGAUUGUAAUGUAUUUACUGAAAUGAAUCUGUUUCUUGUGCAUUGUGAAGCAAAUGCAUUUUAAUGUGUGGCUUUUACUUUAAGUACUUUAAAAUUUUUGGAAUAAUCUUUUUACUAAAUUUAUUAAAUAACCUAGAUAUUGUGGUGAUAAAUAGCAAAAUCCUUUGAAUAAAGUAAGUCAGUGUUCAUGCUUAGCUAACUAAUCAAAGAUUUCAUUUAACUAUAGUAAAUGUGUUAAUUUUUGCAAAGGAAUCAGCUAAAGUUAGCAUUAACAGAAGUAUCAGUUGUUUGCACAAUAAAAAUUAAUAUUUGUCCUUUUUGCCUUGUAGGUGCUUUUUAUUUGAUAUUAUAAAAGUAUUUUGAAACUGAAUAGUACUAUAAAAGUGCUAAAUAUUGCUAUUUUCAAGGGAAAACAUGUCGUUUGUUUCAUUUACUUUCACUUGUCUUAUUAGCACAACAUGGAAACAGAAAGGUAGUCAAUGAGAGAGAUAUUUACAGUAUGAAGGAGAGCUCUAAGUUUAAGUGUAGAUUUAAGUCACAUGCUUCUCAGGCUAGUUGAGACUAAAUUCAUCACAAAGGCCAGAUUUUGCUACUUUUACACAAGUACUUUACCCUGCAAACAGCCCCAGUGGAGUCAGUAAAACUACUGCAGUAAGACACUGCUCCGCGAUAGUAAAGGUAGCAACAUGUGGCCCAAACAGGACAGGAUGGGACUGUAGAAGGAACAGGGUGAUGCUUAGGAAUAGAUGCCAGAUAGCCAGCUGGUGUGAAUAGGCAUAGCUUCAUUAAAUUCAGUGGAGUUUUGUCAACUUACACCAACUGUGAAUCUUGCUUGCCAUAAUAUUCAUAAAUAGCCAAUCUAGAAAAAUAUGUACUAAAGAAAAUCUUGCUAGUGCUAAAAAUAGCCAGAGAAUUCAAUUUAAUCAUGGAUAGGUUACAUUUUGAACUUUCCCCAUCAAGAAUCUAAUUUCUUUUGACUGGUAAUUGUGUAAUAGAACCAUCCACCUUGGAGCAUAUAUGGAACAAGACUGUACUGAAUAGGUUUUGCUAAGCCAUAACAAACAAUUGGCUAAAGACUCACAUAAUGGCUGACGUUAUCUUUUAGAAUAUUUAAAGCAGACAUCAAUGUAUGUAUAGCUACUACUUUAACAUUUGUAUUCCUUUGUUUCAUUACAGCAAAACCAAUAAAAAACAGUUGUAACUGCUAA